UGUUCAGCCUUGACCUGGUUAUUCACGACAACGAGAGCGAUAACUACAGCAGCGUAGAGAUACGAAUACCGAGAGACUGAGGUGACAUCUUCGUGAAAGCGCCACCUGCGGCCAGCAAUACUGGAUCUCUGACUCAAAGGCACCGACCAACAUGGCAUCCACUUCCAACCACAUUUCUAUUACUUCCCCUGAGCAGUUCAAGUCCGUCUUGUCCGAAGACUUGAACAGAGUGUCAUGCUUGAACUUUUGGGCACCAUGGGCGGAGCCAUGCAAAGACUUCAAUAAGGAGUUUGAGAACGCAGCGGGGAAAUUCCCAAAGACUCUGUUCUUGUCCAUCGAGGCGGAGGCUCUGCCGGAUAUCGCUGAGACGUUCGAUAUCGAGGCUGUCCCUUCUUUUCUCCUCUUAAGGGGUCAUACCCUUUUAGCGCGUCAUUCCGGAGCCGAUACCACCCUUCUGCACCAGCUCUUGAGCCAACAUUCCGGCGCUUCGCCCUCUCAACCACUCUCGACAUCUGAUGCCAAGCCCGCUCCUCCGCCAGCCAUCCCAUCUGUCGACUCCGCCCCGUCAAAACCACGUACAGAGGAAGAGAUCACCGCUCGAUGCAAGGAACUGAUGAACAAGCACAAAGUUGUCCUCUUCAUGAAAGGCAAUCCUUCUUCGCCCAAAUGUGGCUUUUCACGCCAGACCGUUGGAAUCCUUAGAGAGAAGGGAGUCGAGUUUGCCUGGUUCGAUAUACUUUCAGAUGAGGACGUGAGGCAAGGGUUGAAGAAACUCAAUGAUUGGCCAACAUUCCCUCAGAUCAUCCUCAACGGCGAGCUUGUUGGUGGUCUAGACAUUUUCAGAGAAAUGGUCGAGUCUGGCGAAUGGGAUGAGCUGUAUAAUGGGAUUGAAGAGGAGGCAGAGGGAGAGGAGAAGGCAUAGAUGUAAGGCGAGCUGUACAACAUGCAUUACAGAUGGC